AUGCUGAUAUUUCUCAGAAACAUUGGAAAUUUUGCCCUCCAAGAUACGAUCCCUCUGGGAAACGGGUUAAUCCAGCGUAACAUACGUGUCGUCAAUGGCAAUAAUCAAUUUUGCAGUGUCAGUUUCGACCGUGGAGAUCAAGGGCAAUGCAAUCAGAUGAAACAGGUUUCGGGGCCUACCGGGGCUGGCUGCGUGCAGGCACAAGGGACUUUGGAAUGCUUGAAUGCGUUUUAG